AAGUGCUUUAGCUUCAAUUAGGGAUUAAAGGUUUUCUCUGUCCCUCUGAGCAAAUGCAUCUCAAAUCUGACAGGUUUUCAGCGGUAUGCAACUCAGAAUUCGCUCUCAGGGAGAAUUCACUCCCAGGGAAGCACAGUGUUCAUUAACUUCUAGAAUGCCAGCCUUGCUCACACCAAACAAUGGCUUCCAACAUUUUCAGCACUUUCCCUGAUGAAAUCUGUGACCAUUUCAAUAGAAUCCAGGCUUCCCCCAAAAUCUUGAAAGAUACAUUUUAAAGCAGCAAAUAAAGCACCCCUCUGAGAUAAUCCUGUAUUUUCUGUUUGUUUUUCCCUUUUUCUCUUUCUCCACUUUAGCGUACACCAAACACCAGAGCUCUUCUGUUUUUUAAAUUAGCUUUAGUUUCACUUUCAAAAUUGGUGUAAUUUGCAACAUGCACUUCCCUGACUGAAACGUCUGGAUUGCUCUAAAGAAAAGGAGACAGGGCCAGCAGCCCUAGGCAAAGCUUUUCCUGAGUGAUCAAAGUCCCUUAACAAGGAGAAGAACAUAUCACAAGGACCAGACCUGUGAGUUGCUGAGUAGAGAGCAGAAUCAUGAAGCAGCCUUUGCUUUAUCAUAUCUACUCUCUGUUGCGACUGUUGCCCCUUUGUAUUGUGUGUGUCUCCUCUAGCAACAAAUGCAUAGUGACACAUGAAGUAGCUGACUGCAGUCACCUGAAGCUGACUCAAGUGCCUGACGACCUUCCCACAAACAUAACAGUGCUGAAUCUGACCCACAACCAGCUCAGAAAAUUGCCACCUGCCAACUUGACAAUAUACAGCAAACUUACUGUCUUGGAUGGAGGAUUCAACUCAAUUUCAAAACUAGAGCCAGAACUGUGCCAAAAUCUCCCUUUGUUGAAAAUUUUGAACCUCCAACACAAUGAGCUAUCUCAUCUCUCUGACAAAACGUUCAUGUUUUGUGUGAAUUUGACUGAACUCCAUCUAAUGUCCAACUCAAUCCAGAAAAUUCAAAACAAUCCUUUUAGGAACCAAAAGAAUUUAAUCAAACUAGAUCUGUCUCAUAAUGGUUUAUCAUCUACACAACUGGGAACUGAGCUCCAACUGGAAAAUCUCCAGGAGCUUCUACUAUCAAAUAAUAAAAUUCAUGUACUGAGAAGUGAAGAACUUGAUUUCCUGGGUAAUUCUUCUUUACAAAAAUUAGAGUUGUCAUCAAAUCCAAUUAAAGAGUUUUCUCCAGGGUGUUUUCAUGUGAUUGGAAAAUUAUUUGGACUCUCUUUAAACAAUGCCCAGCUGGGCCCUAGUCUUACAGAGAAGCUUUGUUUGGAAUUAUCAAAUACAAGCAUCCAGAAUCUGUCUCUGAGUAACAUCCAGCUGUAUAGAACCAGCAACACAACUUUCCUUGGACUAAAGCAGACCAAUCUCACCAUGCUUGACCUUUCCCACAACAAUUUAAAUGUGAUUGGUAAUGAUUCCUUUGUUUGGCUUCCACAUCUGGAAUAUUUGUUCCUGGAGUAUAAUAAUAUAGCCCAUUUGUCUUCUCGCUCUUUGAAUGGGCUUUUCAAUGUGAAAUACCUGAAUUUGAAACGAUCUUUUACCAAACAAACUACUUCCCUUGCUUCACUUCCCAAGAUUGAUGACUUUUCUUUUCAGUGGCUAAGAUGUUUGGAGUACCUUAAUAUGGAGGAUAACAAUAUUCCAGGCAUAAAAAGCAGUAUGUUCAAUGGGUUGAUAAACCUAAAAUACCUAAAUCUAUCUAACACAUUUAUAAGUUUGCAAACUUUAACAAAUGAAACCUUUUUAUCACUUGUUCAUUCUCCUUUACGAGUGCUCAACUUAACCAGAAAUAAAAUCUCAAAAUUAGAGAGUGGUGCUUUCUCUUGUUUGGGCUACCUAGAAGUACUUGACCUUGGCCUUAAUGAAAUUGAGCAAGAACUUACAGGCCAGGAAUGGAGAGGUCUAGGAAAUAUUUUUGAAAUAUACCUUUCCUACAACAAAUACCUACAACUGACCAGCAACUCCUUCGUGUCAGUCCCAGGACUUCAACGACUAAUGCUCCGAAGGGUGGGCCUUAAAAGUAUUGAGAGCUCCCCUUCACCUUUCCACAGUCUUCAUAACUUGACCAUUCUGGAUCUAAGCAACAAUAACAUAGCCAACAUUGAUGAUGCAAUGUUAGAAGGUCUUGAGAAGCUAGAAAUUCUGGAUUUGCAGCACAAUAACUUAGCACGGCUCUGGAAACAUGCAAAUCCUGGUGGUCCUGUUCUUUUUCUAAAGGGUCUUUCCCACCUCCACAUCCUUAACUUAGAGUCUAAUGGCUUUGAUGAAAUACCAGUGGAAGUAUUCAAGGACUUGUUUGAACUUAAGAGCAUCAAUUUAGGAUUGAAUAAUUUAAACAUACUUCCACCAUCUGUCUUUGACCAUCAGAUGUCUCUGAAGUCCUUGAAUCUUCAGAAGAACCUCAUAACAUCAGUUGAGAAGAAUGUUUUUGAGCCCGUUUUCCAGAACUUGACUUAUUUAGAUAUGAGCUUUAAUCCAUUUGACUGUACAUGUGAAAGCAUUGCUUGGUUUGUUAAUUGGAUUAAUAAGGCCCGUACUAACAUCUCAGAGCUAUCAAGUCAUUACAUCUGCAAUACUCCACAUCAGUCUCAUGGGUUUCCAGUCAUGCUGUUUGAUACAGCACCCUGCAAAGACAGUGCCCCCUUUGAACUGCUUUUCAUGGUCAACACCAGCAUACUCUUGAUUUUUAUUUUCAUUGUACUGCUCAUCCAUUUUGAGGGCUGGAGGAUAUCUUUUUAUUGGAACGUUUUGGUCCAUCGAGUUCUUGGUUUCAAGGAAGUAGAUGGACAAUCAGAGCAGUUUGAAUACACCGCAUAUAUAAUUCAUGCCUACAGAGAUAGAGAUUGGGUCUGGGAAAACUUCUCCCCACUGGAAGAAAAAGAUCAAUCUGUCAAAUUUUGUCUGGAAGAAAGAGACUUUGAAGCAGGUGUCCUUGGACUUGAAGCAAUUGUUAGUAGCAUCAAAAGAAGCAGAAAAAUUAUUUUUGUUAUAACACAACACCUAUUAAAAGAUCCACUGUGCAAAAGAUUCAAGGUGCACCAUGCAGUUCAGCAAGCUAUUGAACAAAGUCUGGAUUCCAUCAUAUUGGUUUUUCUGGAGGACAUUCCAGAUUAUAAACUUAACCAUGCACUCUGUUUGCGAAGAGGAAUGUUUAAGUCUCACUGCAUCUUGACUUGGCCAGUUCAGAAGGAGCGGAUUAAUGCCUUUCACCACAAAUUGCAAGUGGCACUUGGAUCCCGAAAUUCAGCAUAUUAAAUCUAUGUAGAGAUUAAAUGAGCAAAGGAGUAUCUUUCCAAUUGAAAAAGGUCAAGGUAAAUUUAACUUUUAUCUAAGAGUAAUGUAAACUGAUUAUUCAGAUGUGUACAUGAUGGUAUUAGAAAUUUAUCUCCGUUUGAGGUCUUUUAUUGACAAUUCACUUAUCCAAUCAAAAUAAAUAUCUACCCAUAUAGGAAGAACUUCUUCUACUUAUCAAAACACAGUGGUCAUGGAGGUCUACCACAACCUUAGAGUUCUAAAAGAUUUCUCAUCUGCAGAAAAUAAGGUUAUGUCUGGGUUUUGUGAUAAUCAUUUUUGGAUUUGGGGGAUGUGGUUAGAGUGAAAAGUAAUUCUUUUAGUGGAGAUACACUUUUUCAGUUGUAAAAGAGUAAACUUGUAAAAAGUUUAAUAACAGACAUUUUCAGUUUGAAGCUUCACAUUUUAGUAUCCCCAUAAGGAUUUUGCUACAUGGUAAGUGCUUUUUAAAUUUGAUGCCAAGAGGCAGAAAUCUUUCACAGUUGAGCUGAAUUACUUAAUAAGAUGAAUACGGCAGCAAACACUUAUUUGUACUUUCCCAAUCUAUGGGUUUUUGCUACUGGACAUAGGAACAACUGUCUGACUUAAAAAUACUAUAGAAAUGCUUGCUUCCACCAGCCCAGGUGCAGCAUGGGUGAG